GCAGUGGCGGCGACGGCCGGAGGAGGCGGGCGCGGGCGAGCGGGCGAACCCAGCGGCGGCGGCGGCAGUCCCCGGAGCGUCCCUGUGAAGCGUCCCUGUCCGCGCUGCCGUGGGUCUUUUGGGGAGGCCGGCCGGGAGGCAAGUCACUGCGGAGCCGCUCCCCUAGCGCUACAGCCCUUCGGACUCUCGGUCCCAGCCUCGCGCUCCUGCUCCGGCUCCUCCAUCUUGGCCUCGGCAGUGACUGCUGCGGAGAGGAUGUGCCGCCUCCUGGCAGGGGGAAGAAGGAGGAGAAGAUGAAGAAGUACCGGCGGGCCUUGGCCCUGGUCUCCUGCCUUUCUCUCUGCUCGCUAGUCUGGCUUCCUAGUUGGCAUGUGUGCUGUAAAGAGAGUUCUUCAGCUUCAGCAUCGUAUUAUCCUCAAGACGACAAUUGUGCAUUAGAAAGUGAAGAUGCACAGUCCCAGAAAAAGGAUGAAAGAAAGGAACCUAGUAAUGCUGAAUUAUCAGGAAAAUUGAAUUCAUAUUUACCUAUCCUUCCAGAAGAAAAUAAAUUAAAAGAUGACUACACUGUGGAUGUACAAAACGUGGAAACAACAAAGUCAAGUCUACCUGUGGUUGACUCACUCCCUACGGUUGAUUUACAUGAAGAUUCUUCCAGUGUAGUUGUGGACAGUGAAGACAUUGAAAAUAGCUCCAGCUCAUCUACCUCAGAAACGACUCCAGUCUCAAAGCUUGAUGAAAUAGAAAAAUCUGGUACUUUAUCUCUAGCCAAGCCUGGUGAAACGGAGCAGUCUGAAGUUGACUGUGAUGCUGGUGAGGCUCCUGAUGCAGAUGCUUCAGUUGAACAGCCUGCUUUUGUCAGUCCGCCUGAAAGCCUCGUUGGCCAGCAUAUAGAAAAUGUGUCAUCUUCACAUGGCAAGGAAAAAAUAACAAAAUCAGAAUUCGAAUCAAAAGUUUCAGUGAGUGUACAAGAUGGCGAUGAUCCAAAGUCUGUGUUGAAUGCUUCAGUUACUGUAAAAAAUGAGAGCUCUGAUUAUACAAAGUCGGGAGAAACUGACCCUGCACCUGUCACAAGUCCCAAAGAUCCAGAAGAUAUACCAACAUUUGAUGAGUGGAAGAAGAAAGUUAUGGAAGUAGAAAAAGAAAAAAGUCAGUCGUUGCACCCAUCUUCUAAUGGAGGUCCACAUGCUACCAAAAAGGUCCAGAAAAAUAGAAAUAAUUAUGCCUCAGUAGAAUGUGGUGCCAAAAUUUUGGCAGCUAAUCCGGAAGCCAAGAGCACAUCUGCUAUUCUUAUAGAAAAUAUGGACCUUUAUAUGUUGAAUCCUUGCAGCACUAAAAUUUGGUUUGUUAUUGAACUUUGUGAACCAAUUCAAGUCAAACAGUUUGAUAUUGCAAAUUAUGAAUUAUUUUCUUCUACUCCCAAAGACUUUCUGGUUUCUAUCAGUGACAGAUAUCCCACAAAUAAAUGGAUCAAGCUGGGCACUUUCCAUGGUAGAGAUGAGAGGAAUGUCCAGAGUUUCCCUCUGGAUGAACAGAUGUAUGCAAAAUAUGUGAAGAUGUUCAUCAAGUACAUAAAGGUGGAGUUAGUAUCACAUUUUGGAUCAGAGCACUUUUGUCCUUUAAGCCUAAUAAGGGUUUUCGGUACUAGCAUGGUAGAAGAAUAUGAAGAAAUUGCUGACUCCCAGUAUCAGUCAGAACGUCAAGAACUAUUUGAUGAGGACUAUGAUUAUCCACUGGAUUAUAAUACUGUGGAGGAUAAAUCUUCAAAAAAUCUUCUUGGUUCUGCUACAAAUGCCAUUCUAAAUAUGGUGAAUAUUGCUGCUAAUAUUCUGGGAGCCAAAACUGAAGACUUGACCGAAGGAAAUAAAAGUAUAUCUGAGAAUGCCACUGCCACAACUGCACCUAAAAUGCCUGAGUCAACUCGUGUUUCAACUCCUGUUCCAUCACCUGAAUAUGUAACCAAUGAAGUCCAUACACAGGACACAGAACCAUCAACCUCAGAUACUCCAAAAGAAAGUCCUAUUGUACAGCUGGUUCAGGAGGAAGAAGAGGAAACAAGUCCAUCCACGGUGACCCUUUUGGGCAGCGGUGAACAAGAGGAUGAGUCAUCAUCCUGGUUUGAAUCUGAGACACAAAUACUUUGUAGUGAACUGACCUCAAUUUGUUGCAUUUCUAGUUUUUCGGAGUACAUUUAUAAAUGGUGCUCAUUUAGAAUUGCUCUUUAUCGACAACGGAGCAGAACUGUGAUGAGUAAAGGGAAAGAUUUUGUGCCAGUUCAGCCAUCGUUACUACUCCCAGUUGAAUCAGUAGAGGUUUCAGCAUUGCAGCCUUCCAGUGGAGAUGUAGACAAUGAGAACAUGGAAAGAGAAGCUGAAACUGUUGUUCUUGAUGACUUAAGUAGUGUGCACCAAAGUGAUUUGAUAAAUCACACAGUGGAUGCAAUUGAAAUUGAACCAAGCCAUCCUCAAACUCUUUCUCAGUCUCUUCCCUUAGAUAUUACUCCAGAAAUCAAUUCACUGUCUAAAGUAGAAGGAUCUGAGCCUGUUAAAUAUGAGGGAGGACAUACACCGUUACAAGUAAUGCCCCAAGAGAGUUCUGUUGAGUCUGAUGAUGAAACGGAAAAAAAGCCUGAGAGCCUUAGUUCUGUAGAGAAGCCUUCUGUUAUUUAUGAAACAAGUAAAGUUAAUGAGGUAGUGGACAAUACUGUGAAAGAAGACAUAUCCUCCACAGAAGUUGUCAUCAGGGUCUCUGAAACAAUACCGCUACCUAUAAGCACAGCCACUGUGCCAGACACUGAAGACGGGGAAGCCAAAAUGAGUAUAGCUGAUACACCAAAGCAAAUAGUGACUCCGGUUAUGGACCCUUCAUUGCCUGAAGGAAAAGAGGACGAUCAGUCUCCAGAAGAUGCCCUUUUAAGAGGGUUGCAAAGGACAGCUACAGAUUUCUAUGCUGAAUUACAAAAUUCUACAGAUCUGGGAUAUGGUAAUGGGAAUCUUGUACAUGGAUCAAAUCAGAAGGAGUCAGUAUUUAUGAGACUUAAUAAUCGUAUUAAAGCCUUAGAAGUUAACAUGUCUCUCAGUGGUCGCUAUCUGGAGGAACUUAGUCAAAGGUACCGAAAACAAAUGGAAGAAAUGCAGAAAGCUUUCAAUAAAACAAUAGUAAAGCUUCAGAAUACUUCAAGAAUAGCAGAAGAACAGGAUCAGCGACAAACUGAAGCCAUCCAAUUGCUACAGGCACAACUGACCAACAUGACACAGCUUGUUUCAAACUUAUCAGCAACUGUAGCAGAAUUAAAACGGGAGGUUUCAGAUCGACAGAGUUACCUUGUUAUGUCUUUGAUUUUAUGUGUUGUCUUGGGACUGAUGCUCUGUAUGCAACGUUGUCGAAACACUUCUCAUUUUGAUGGAGAUUACAUUUCAAAACUCCCAAAAAGUAAUCAGUAUCCAAGCCCUAAAAGGUGUUUCUCUUCCUAUGAUGACAUGAAUUUGAAAAGAAGAACUUCGUUUCCCCUCAUCAGAUCGAAAUCUCUGCAGUUUACUAGCAAAGAAGUAGACCCAAAUGAUUUGUACAUCGUAGAACCCCUCAAGUUCUCUCCAGAGAAAAAGAAGAAACGUUGCAAGUACAAAACGGAAAAAAUUGAGACGAUAAAGCCUGCAGAUCCAUUGCACUCUAUAGCCAAUGGAGACAUAAAAGGACGAAAGCCCUUUACGAACCAGAGAGAUUUUUCUAAUAUGGGAGAAGUUUAUCACUCUUCUUACAAGGGCCCUCCAUCUGAGGGAAGCUCAGAAACUUCAUCACAGUCAGAAGAGUCCUAUUUUUGUGGCAUUUCAGCUUGUACAAGUCUGUGCAAUGGACAGACCCAAAAGACAAAAACUGAGAAGAGGGCUUUAAAACGAAGGCGGUCUAAAGUCCAAGACCAAGGAAAAUUAAUAAAAGCUCUUAUACAGACUAAGUCGGGAUCAUUGCCGAGCCUGCAUGACAUAAUCAAAGGAAACAAGGAGAUCACCGUAGGAGCGUUUGGUGUUACUGCAGUUUCGGGACAUAUCUAAAAGGAACUGGACAUUUGUACUGAAGACUUUUUUUGUUGUUCUUUGGAGAACAGCCUGUGGUAUUUGAAGGGUUUAGGGGAGAGGUAAAAUAUUGGGGAAAGUAUUCAAAAAUUAUGUUUUUUUGCCUUUUUAGAAAGGAAAAAGGAGUGUGUCAAUCUUGGCUGAUGAACUGCAGUUUUACAAGACUGAUCUCUCCCUUUAAAGAUGAUAGACAUUUUAUAAAGAUGUUUUUUCACAGAUAAUUACUGGGACAAAAGUAAUUUGGAAGCCCAGUUCUUUGGGUGGGAUAGGAAUGAAAGCCUAAACCUCUUCCUUCAGCUUGGUUCCUGUUUCUUGCACCUUCCCAUAUUUAUGUGCCUUUGUCUAUUUAUAAUGCCACUGGAAGAGGAGGGAGGAUUUUUUUUGUCAUUUGAUUUGUUUUGUAACUUUAUUAGGUUUUUGAAGCUGCAAACACUACAAGGCUUUAAGGUGGUCCGUGCCUGAAGCUCAGCAGUGUGGGUCAUUUGCGUAAAGAUCCUAAAGACUUGCCAACUUAGAGUUGCUCAGCAGUCUCACUGGAAAUAAACACCUUCUGAAAUUUUCUUAAAUCCUUUUCCAUAAAAGGUGAUGAUUCAUCCUUGCUUUCAUUGAAUUUAGUUGGAUUGGGUUGUUUUCCUGAGUUAUUAACUCAGUGAAAUGGUAAAAUAUUUUCUUGCAAAUGACAGAUACCAGAAAACAAAUUUAUUAUAAAUUCACCUUUCAACACACUUAACUACUUGUGAUGAUUUUUUUUUACAUUGCAUUCUGAAUGUUCACAGCAAACACUAAUCCUCCAGAUGUUCCCAUCACCAAGACCAGGUUUCCCAUGGCCCAGUCACUGCCAUUGUACAUAGUCACAGAAGCAGCCAGUGAGUGUGUCAGGCCUUACUCAGUUAAAUUGGUUAAGUCUAACAGGAUUAUGAUUCCUUGAUGUUUGCUUUUGUUGGCUACAAUGUGCAGAUAUAUAUGUCAGCGUCUGUCUCUGUUGGUCCCUUUUUCCCUUAAGAAAUUGGCAGUGUCUGAGUAAAUUGGUUUCUUGAUGUGCGAUUGUACAGAGAUGAAUGAAAGUGAAAUGUGUUUCUUUCUGAGAGAAUUGACCAUUUUGUGUUGUAAAAUUAAGUUAUAACUUAUUGAGCACUUUCGUUAAUAAUUGUUUUUAAAUUUGUCUAGUACCUUUCUUGGUAUUGUUUGUAAUGUGAUUUAUUUAAAGCCUUUUUUUUUUUUUUUGUUUAAGUUGCUGCUUUAGGUUAACAGUAUGUUUUAGGAGAUGAACUUUUCCCCCUUCCCGUCUGCACAAUUAGCUAUUCAAAGCAACAGGACCUGAAGGUACAGCAGGUCCUUGAAAAGAAAUCCAGAUGAGAGCCAAGCUAGAGUGGUAAGUCACACUGUUGUUUGUUGUGAAGAGGGUUUUAAAUAUGUAACUACAAAGCUGUAGUACCACUAGAAACUGUGAAUUUCCAAAUAAAUCUGAACACUCGUCUUUAUUAAUUAUUGACUCUUCUGUCCUUUAAAAGAUUGCACACAUUUAUUACUCAUAGAUUUAAGCUGGUCUUUGUUUUCGUUUGCCAUCUUUCAGGCUCACAUUUCAGGCAACCAUAAUGUACACUUUCACUUAAACAUUAUGUUCCCUAUAAUCAUAGUUCACCUUUUCAAACACUAAAAUUAUGGUUCUAAUGAUAAGAUGCAUUAUCUACCCAGAGAAUUAAAAUCUUAGUCUGCAUUUUCUCUCUUUCAGAGUAUUACUACACAUGAGAGGGAAAACAAUAACCCAAAUCUUUAAUAAGUGGAGAUUAUUGCCAGCAGCAGAUUUGUGUCUGCCAAAAAGCAGCAAUCAAAAUCCAAGGGUUGUACAAUCCUAACAUCUUGAAUUACUGCUCGAUUUUUGAAGUAUUUGUAGCACUUUUGGAUUUUAAAUUUUGGAACUGAGGAUACCUACCCAGCAUAUAUAAUUAACAGAAUCUAAAAAUCUUCAAAAUUAGGACACAUCUCCCGAGUGGUUUAGACAAGGCAUACUCAAACCCUUAUGUAAAUCUAAAAGAUUUUCAACAUUCCCUAGUAACCAACCUUAUUUUAUUUGUGGUGCUAAGUAAGGUAUUAAACCCAAAUGAAAUUUACUGAACUCAAACAAAGUCAGUUCUUUGGGUUCUUAAAAUAUCUGUUGAGGGUUUUUGUGCAUAUGAUUUGAGAAAUUAUAUAGUAUUUACAAAGCUUGUGCAGAGGUACAACAUUUUCUCUCUCGUGCUGUCUCACCUACCUCUCCCCCCAGCACGUCUUCUCCCCAGCAGCAUCCAAGUCCCAGUGCCUACCUUGUGUCAGUCAUAUGCACACAGGAGCAGGCAUAAGACAGAUGUAAACCUGUAUUUAUUUACCUAGUCUAAUGAUCCAGUUUUAAACCCACAGUAAAUAAUAUAACUUAGAAAUAGUUCUUUUUAAACUAUAUUUUAUAAAAUAGGUAUUAAGACCCUGACAUGUUUUUAUUCUACUAUAAUCUGAGAAAAAUUUGAAACUAUGGAAAAGUGCCAUAACCCAUAUUUACCAGUUGUUAUUUUCCGUUUUCUUUAUGUUUAUAUAUGUAUGUCUGUGCAUAUAUAUACAUAUAUGGACAUAGAUGUAAUGUAUAUUAUGGGUAUAUGGUAUGUGUGUAUAUGUAAGAUAUCUGGUACAUGUGCUGGGACAUAUUGGUACAUCAUAACCCUUCAUGUUGGAUAACUUCUUGUGUUUUCUAGAAUAAAGAUAUUCACCUUAUAUGACUAUAUUAUUCAGGAUUCUCUAGAGUAACAGAAUUUAUCAGAUGAGUCUUUAUAUUUAAAAAGGGAUUUCUUAGAAUGAUUGACAGGUUGUGGUCCAGCUAAUCCAACAAUGGUUGUCUAUGAACAGAAGAAGUUCAAGAAUACAAUAGUUCUUCAGUCCAUGAAGCUGAAUGUCUCAGCUGGUUUUCAGUAUAUGCUGGAAUCCUGAAGAGGAUUCUCUAAUGCCAGUGAAGGAAUGGACUUGUUAGCAAGGCAAACAAAAACAAAACAAAAAAAAAGGCAAAGCAAAAGAUUCCUUAUAUUCCAGAAGAAGGCAUGACCUAGGUUAGAGGUGAGUCUUCCUACCUCCGAAGAUUUAAGAUAUGUCUGCCCACUUCAUAUCAAGUAGAGUUCUCUCACAUGUAUGCUCCUCCAUUUUUGGGUUUUAGUUAAUUCCAGAUGUAGUCAAGUUGACAAACAAAAAUAGCCAUCACAAGUCAAUCCUUUGACAGUUUGGCAUACAAUCUUAUAUCCUUGUGAUUAAUUUCCAAAUGAAAAUAAUAACAAGUCAUAAUUACACCUGAAUUGAUAUAACUAUUCCACAUAUCAUUGCAUACGAAUUAUAUAUUUAACCAAGUCAUGGUUACACCUAACAUGAUAUAACUGUCCCUCACAUAACCACAAAUGCAUUAUAAAUUUAAACUAGGUGUCAGUGUCCCUUGAGGGAACAUAAUUUUAGUAUAUAAAAUAUAACCAUUGAUAUUCUUGUAAUUGACGUUACAUCACAUGAUAAGGAAAGAAAACACAAGUAUCUGUACCAAUGCAUUCUUAAUACACCAGAAACACUCAAUUAUAAUCCUUGUUUCUGCAACUGAUCAUGUGGGCUUAGCUGAUACUUAUAACUACCUUUCUCUACUACUUGGGUUUAUGCAGUUUAUACCAUAUUUCUCUAGCUUUCAUGGCACCUGUGAAUGUAAUUUCAUAGUAGCUACAGCUAAUCACGACUUCAUGUGACCAGUGUGGUGUGGCUCAUGUAGCAGAUGGGUUCUUUGCAAAGAAAAAUUCUGCUUAGAAUUCUGUUUUGAUCAUUCCCUUAGAGCAGUGAUGUAGUGAUGUUUCAUUUGUAUUUUAAUAAACAAAGCUUGCCUGAAGAUCAGAAAAGUAAAGCAGCCAAGCCACUAGAGAGCUCUUACCUCUAUAAAAUCUUCAGACUGAAGAGAGAGAGUUCUUGUCUUACCCCGCCUUAUAUUCCUCUCUAGUGCUAGGAUUAAAGGCGUGCACCACCACUGCCUGGCCUCUAUGGCUAACUAGUGUGGCUGCUGGGAUAUAGGGCACCACCACAGCCAAAUCCAAGCACAAGCUGAUGCCCUCAGUCAGGGUGGUGACUGUUCAGUGAUGUCUGACCACCAGUUGUCUGUGAAAGCCUUCCUGUCCUUUUCACUUCACUCUCCACUUGGGAAAACAUCUCACUCUUCAUCCUUUAGCAGAAAAGACUAGUCGUGCCGCACAGUGGUUCUCAGCCUUCCUAAUGCUGUGAUCCCUUAGUACAAUUUCUUUAUGUUGUGGUGACCCCGACCAUGAAAUUAUUUUCGUUGCUACUUCAUAACUAAUUUUGCUACUGUUACGAAUUUAAUAUAAAUAUCUGUGUUUUCCCAAGGUCUUAGGUGACUCCUGUGAAGGGGUCUCUUGAUCUCUUCAUAGUGCCAUGACCCACAAGUUGAGAACCACUGUCUUAGAGGCUCUGUCAGGUUUAGUUUUGAUUUUAAGAUUUAUUUUCAUUUGUGUGUGUGUGUGUGUGUUUGUGUGUAGGAGAGAGUAUGCAGAGGCCAGAAGUGGCAUUUGGAUCAUCUGGUGCUGGAAUUACAGGUAAUUGUGAGACAUGCAGUGUGUGAACUAAGGACCAAUUCUUGGUCCUUUUGAGCUGUAGGUGCUCUUAAUUGCUGAACCAUCUCUUCAGCCUCUGCCUGAUCCAGAAUUCAUUCUCCCGUGUUCACUGUUUUAAUGACUGAUGUGUAAUUAUAUAACUCUAAAAUGUUUGUGGUAGUCUAUAUCCAAAUGAAUAUAUUUAUAUUAAGAAUUACUUUGUCAAAUUCUCAAGACUUUCUUUUGAAAUUUUGUUUUAAUUAAAAUAUAAAAAUCAAUAUGUAGAGAAAUGUUUAUUUCAAAAUGUUUGUCUUUUUGAAGCUAUGUAAUUAUCAGGGAUGCUGUAAUAUGUAAUUCUCAUAUUAUUGUUGCCUUUAUGAAUGAGGUGCUUUAAAUAUAUUUUCCAAUAUUUUUUUGAUAUUAUGAAAAAAGACAGGUGUUAUUUAAACAUUUUAUUACUUUACUGGAUUAGGUUUUUUUCUUCUGUUGAUUCUUUUCCAUGUAGUCUACCCACAUCACAUUUCUCUCAUUUCUAUACCUUUACCUAUUUUCCUUUGGCUUUUGCUUCACAUUUUCUGGGACUUGAUAAAACAAUGCUUAGCAAUAGGGAUGCUGGUAGGCAUCAUUUUUCUAUGUAUAAAUUAGAAAUUUUACAAUGGUUUGUAAUUAGUAUUAGUGGUUAGUUUCAGAUACACGCUCUGAUACUUGGGUGCAGUGGCUCACGAUAUAAUAGUAAUGCCUAGGUAAGCUUAUGGAGGAAAAUCACUGGGUUUGAGGUGAGCCUGGACUACACAGAGAGAGACCCUGCCAAAAAGCAAAACAACAACAAAAAUUACUUUAUUAUUUUGUUGAAAAUUCUUUCUUAGUUUGGAAU